UCUCUCUCUCUCUCUCUCUCUCUCUGUGAUUUGAGCCCAGAAGACAUAAUUGGGCCAUUGCCCCGGUAAGCCAGUAAGCCCAUUCAAAUUGGUCCGAACGAAAAAAAAAAAAAAUUGAAAAUUGGGUCCACGAGAAUUGCUACUCGCUUCUAGCGUUUUUUAAGAUGUAAUACGACGUCGUUGGAAAAAGGCAGUAACACCGACGGCUGAGAUUAAGACAAAAACGGAAAUAUAAAAUAAAUAAGAAGAAAAAGAAAAACACAAUCGCGGAAAUAUUCGUGAAUUUUGACUUGGGACUCAUGGAGAGUCACCUUCAACACAAAAUACAGAAAUACGAGGAAUUCGUGGAUGGACGUCUCAAACCAGACCUUGUUCGCGCCAUUGCUCAACGGGACAAGGUGUUUGAGCAACAAAAAGUUUUCUCGGAUUUGCGGAACAACAUUGAGAAUUUGGAGAAAAACAGUGUAACCAGUCUUAGGACUUUGGUUAACCUUGGCUCUGAAGUCUAUAUGCAAGCUGAUGUGUAAGUCUUCAGAUUUUUUUAUAUCAACAUUGGACUAGGAUUUCAUGUGGAGUUCACCUGGUCUGAAGCUUUAAAUUACAUAUCUCAAAGAGAAGAAAAGAUAGCCAGGCAAAUUGAAGAGUAUACUAACCUUAUUGCAUCAAUCAAAGCCCAGAUAAAGCUGGUAUGCGAAGGGAUCCGAGAAUUACUCCAACUUCCAGCAGAGAAACAUGCCCCAGAGCGAAUUUUUUGACAUCAACAACUUAUACUUCUCUGUCUUAUGACUUGCAAGUAAAUCAAAGACUGUUAGAAAUGCUUGACCAUCAACUAAUGUAAAAAAGAUUAUGCUUAUGCUACCUUAUCAAACCAUAGCAUGUUUCAAUGAGGAGAGAAUUUUCCUUGGGCUUCAAUUCACACGUCAUUUUUUACUCCA